UCAGUGACAACACUCUUAUCAUCAUGUCCCGUCCAUCUGUGAACAAUGAGCUGAUCUUCUACAUUAAUGGCAAGAAGAUUGUAGAAAAGAAUGCUGACCCAGAAGAGAUGCUAUUAGCUUACCUGCGUAGGAAAGCCGGUCUGACAGGCACUAAGUACGGCUGUGGUGGUGGAGGUUGUGGAGCCUGUACUGUAAUGCUGUCCAGAUACGACCCUAUUAAAGACACUGUGCUACACCAGGCGGUAAACGCGUGUCUUCAGCCAGUUUGUUCCCUUCAAGGCGCUGCGGUGGUGACAGUAGAGGGCGUCGGAAGCACAAAGACCAAACUACAUCCAGUCCAAGAGCGUAUAGCAAAGGCUCACGGGUCGCAGUGUGGUUUCUGUACCCCUGGUAUGGUGAUGUCCAUGUACACUUUACUGAGGAAUAAUCCACGGCCCACCAUGGAAGACAUUCGCGAGUCACUGGGAGGAAACCUUUGCCGUUGUACGGGCUAUCGACCGAUUAUCGAUGGAUUUAAGACAUUCUCUGAGGCUCAGACUUGUUGCCAAAAUGGUGAGAAAAAUGGAAAAUGUUGCAUGGAGGAGAGCAACUGCCACAAGAAGGAAUCUGAUAUAUCUGGGGAAAUUUUCAUCAUGGAUGAUCUCCUACCCCUUGACCCAACUCAGGAUCUUAUCUUUCCACCAGAGCUACUGCUUUUGGCAAAACAGCAUAGUGGUGAGCAUUUCUGCUUCCAGGGAGAAAGAGUGAAGUGGAUUUCCCCAGUAGACCUAAAAGACCUAAUCGAGCUAAAAGCUGAUUAUCCAAAUGCACCUCUUCUGGUUGGAAACACAACACUAGGACCAAAGAUGACUUUGAAAGGAACCGUCCAUCCUGUGGUCAUAUACGGUGGAGAUAUUCCAGAGCUGAGAGCUAUUAAAUUGGGAAAGAAUUGUGUUACCGUGGGGGCAGGAUGCAGUCUGUCUGUUCUAAAGGAGACCCUCCUGCAGGCAAUACAGGAUCUCGGCCCAGAAAAGAGCAAAGUUUAUCAAGCCCUCCUUCAAACGCUGCAGUGUUUAGCGGGCAAACAGAUUCGCAACAUGGCAACUAUUGGUGGAAAUAUCUUAAGUGCCAACCCCAAAUAUGACCUAAGCAGCAUUCUCGCCGCAGCGAAGUGUACGCUACACAUCAUUUCCAAAGAUGGUGCAAGAGAGAUGCCUCUGAGUGAGGAGUUUUUCACAGGUUUUGGCAAAACAGCUUUACGACCAGAUGAGAUUCUUCUGGCUAUUGACAUUCCUCACUCAGAACCGUGGGAGUUCAUGGCGGCGUUUCGCCAGGCGCAACGCAGAGAAUUCGCCUUCUCUAUUGUGAACGCUGGCAUGAAGGUUGUGUUUAGACCUGACUCAAACGUGGUUGAGCAUCUGGACAUAUUUUACGGAGGUGUGGGACCUACUCUGGUGCAAGCGAGACACACCAGUAAAAAGCUGAUUGGAAGACAAUGGGACGGCAAACUUCUGGCAGAGGGAAUUCAACUUUUAGAGGAGGAGAUCACUGUGCCCUCUACUGCCCCCGGUGGACAGGAGGAGUAUCGCAAGACUCUUGUUCUCAGCUUCUUUUUUAAGUUUUAUAUGGAGGUGCUACUAGAGCUGCGAGAGAGGGAGGUUGAUGUCAUCGAUUUGUCAUUGGAGUAUCUCAGCGCGCUAAAACCAUUUAAAAAUGAGGUACCACAAGGAAACUAUUCUUUUCAGCUUGUUCCAGAGGCUCAGUCUAUAAGUGACCCAGUGGGACGCCCAAAUGUGCACCAGGCCGCCCUUCAACAGGCUACAGGAGAAGCUGUGUAUUAUGACGACAUCCCCUCGGUUAAAGGAGAACUCUUUGUGUCCAUGGUAACCAGCACCCGAGCUCAUGCUAAGAUUAUAUCUAUCGAUGCAUCAGCAGCUUUGGCGAUACCUGGAGUUGUCACCUUCAUAUCUGCCAAGGACGUUCCAGGUCAAAAUCGAAGACUGUGGUUUAACAACCCAGAGGAGGUUUUUGCAGAAGAGGAGGUGAUCUGUGUGGGGCAGAUUAUCGGGGCGAUUGUGGCAGAGAACAGAGAACAAGCUAAAAGAGCAGCUGAACAGGUGCACGUUAGCUACCAGGACAUCCAACCUGUAUUUUUCACUAUAGAGGAAGCCAUUGAACAUCAAUCAUUUUUUGACCCCAAGAGAAAGCUGGAAAGAGGAAAUGUGGAGGAAGGGUUUGAGAAAGCAGAUCACGUACUGGAGGGUGAGAUGUAUAUGGGCGGUCAGGAGCAUUUCUACAUGGAAACCCAAGGAUUGAUCGCGAUUCCUAAAGGAGAGGCGGAAGAAAUGGAUCUGUAUGUUGCCAGUCAACAUGCAGCUUACACUCAGGAAGUAGUUGGCAUCACUCUUGGGAUCGACUCUAAUAAGAUCACGUGCCAUGUGAAAAGGCUCGGAGGAGGAUUUGGCGGAAAAGUCAUGAAGAUUGCAACUUUAUCUGCCAUCACUGCUACGGCCGCAUACAAGACUGGCCGUGCUGUGCGAUGUGUACUAGAACGAGGGGAUGAUAUGCUCAUCACCAGCGGCAGGCAUCCUUUCCUGGGGAAGUAUAAGGUUGGAUACAUGAAGGAUGGGACCAUCCUAGCUGCUGACAUCACGUAUUACAGUAAUGGAGGAUGCACCCUGGACGAAUCUUCAUUUAUCAUGGAGAAAGCUCUCCUUCACAUGGAUAAUGGCUACAAGAUCCCUCACCUCCGCGGCCGAGGCCUGGUGUGCAAGACCUAUUUGCCGUCUUAUACGGCGUUCCGAGGGUUUGGCGGACCACAGGGACUGACCAUCAUCGAGAGCGUCCUCCAUGAGGUGGCAGUCCAGUGCGGCUUGCCAGCACACAAGGUGAGAGACGUCAACAUGUACAAGGAUGAGGAAUGCUACACCCACCACAAGCAGCUUUUCUCACCCCGGGACAUGGUGAGAUGUUGGGACGAGUGCUUGGAAAAAUCUGACUAUCAUCAGCGGCAGCUGUACAUCCAACAGUUCAAUGCACACAACCAUUGGAAGAAGAGAGGAAUCUCAAUCGUCCCAUUGAAGUUUGGAAUUGGAUUCUCUAAGGGUUUUUAUAACCAGGGGGCAGCGCUUGUGAACAUCUACAAAGACGGAUCCGUUCUGGUCUCUCAUGGUGGAACCGAGAUGGGUCAGGGUAUCAACACCAAAGCUAUACAGAUUGCCAGUCGCAUUCUGAAGGUCCCGAUGUCCACCAUCCACAUCAAGGAGACUUGCACGGGAAACGUGCCCAACGCUGCUCCGUCCGCUGCGUCUUUUGGUACCGAUGCUGUUGGAAUGGCAGUAAAGAACGCUUGUGAGAAACUCAUGGGACGUCUAGAGACACUGAUAAAGAUGCAUCCCCAAUACACCUGGCAACAGCUGGUGGUGGAGGCAUACUGCCAGAAGAUCAGCUUGUCUGCGACUGGUUUCUUCAUGGGACCCCACACCAGUAUAGACUGGGAGAAAAGUGAGGGACCUGCUUACUAUUACUUCACUUUUGGAGCCUGCUGUUCAGAGGUUGAAAUCGACUGUCUGACAGGAGAUCAUAAGAACAUUAGGACUGACAUUGUGAUGGAUGUCGGUCGGAGUAUUAACCCGGCAUUGGACAUCGGACAGGUGGAAGGUGGUUUUGUUCAGGGUAUUGGGCUUUACACUAUAGAGGAACUGCAUUUUUCUCCCGAGGGUGUGUUGUUGACCAGGGGUCCAUCUCAGUAUAAAAUGCCAGCGCUGUGUGAUGUCCCUCCUCAUCUUAAUGUCCACCUGCUGAGCGAUGCUGAAAAUCCCUACGCUAUUUAUUCCUCAAAGGGGAUUGGAGAGCCGCCCGUGUUCUUCGGCUGCACUUUGUUCUUCGCCAUUAAAGAAGCGAUCGCGGCCGCGCGGAGGGAGAGAGGCUUGAGCAACGAUUUCUCUCUCUCCUCUCCAGCCACCGCAGAGAAGAUCCGUAUGGCCUGCGAGGACUGCUUCACCCGGAUGGUGCCACGGAAUGAGAAAUCCAAACCCUGGGCCAUAAACGUGUGAAGAGCUCAAACCAAACUCUGUGAUGCUUCUUGUUGAAAACUUUGAUCUUGUAAUAAUUAUUAAUGAAUGAAUUAUUAAGUAUAAAUAAACAAAAAU